GUUCCGGUUCCAGGUUCCGGUUCCUGUAUCGCUGUAUCGUUGUAUCGCUGUAUCGCUUUUUAGUAGUAGCCGUAUGUUUGGGGACAAAAACCGAUGUUUUGGCCAAGGAAUAGAGCAAAGUUUGAUCGAGUCGCAAUUUGAGUUUAAAGUGUUGUUCAACCAAGCUGAACGAUUGCAAAUCUGUGUAUUUUUCCAACUGGAUAUUUGCAUACUGUAUAAGCAUGUUAUAAAAUACGAAAGGAGAAAUUACAAACGUUUGAAACUUCGGAUUCAAUACUAUUCGAACAGUGUAGCCACGUUCCAGUUGCUAAUCGCCUGCGGAGAUGUUCAAACUAAUCCAGGACCUUUGACAACCGAAUUAUCCUCGGCUAAUAAGCAGAAUAAUAGACAUAAUAAUAAUCUAAUUAACAUCGUCUGUUCUCACGGGCAACGACCAGACGGUUUCUAUGGCGACCCUGUGCUAUUUAAACCCCUGAGAUUCUGCUUGUGGAACUGCCAGUCAGUUCGCAACAAAACGGCAGCAUUACAAGAUUACCUUUGCGAGAAAAAGAUUGAUUUAUGUGCAUUAACUGAGACAUGGUUAUUAUCGGAUGACGAUGCUGUUCGUGCUGAAUGCAUACCCAGUGGAUAUAAAAUUUUCGACCAAAUCCGUUCUCGGAGGGGAGGGGGUGGCAUAGCGUUGUUGUCGUGUGCAAAAUUGUCUGUAUCUAUUAUCACUUCUGGGGAACGAACCUCAUUUGAGUUUGUGGAAUAUAUGGUCAGUCACGAAAACAAUUCUAUUAAAGUAGUAGUUGUCUAUAGAACGCCAUACUCAAGGUCGCAUCAAGUAACAGUGACGACAUUUUUAAAGGAGUUUGCAGAGUACUUAGAGUCUAUUGUACUGUCGCGAGAGCCACUAUUGGUAACCGGAGAUAUGAAUAUCCACGUUGAUGAUACGAAUGACACCGACGCUGUUAAGUUCUUGGAUCUUUUGGAGUCUAUGGGAAUGACACAACAUGUAAAUACGCCUACACAUCGAGCUGGUCACACGCUAGAUCUGAUGAUCACGCGUGAAUUUGAUUGCAUGAUCCACUCUGAGCCUAGUUCAGAUAUUUUUUAUUCAGAUCACUGUAUGGUUCUAGCUGAGUUGUCAUUACACAAGCCUGCAUUGACUGUUAAGAAAGUAAGUUGUCGGAAAAUAAAGGAUAUAGACCGUGAAUUAUUUAGGAGGGAUCUCAGAGCAUCAAGGCUCUGUCAAAACCCUCCUGAAUCGAUUGUAGAUCUUGUGACUUGUUACAACACGACAUUGUCUGGCUUGCUGGAUAAACAUGCGCCGUUGAAAGAAAAGACAAUUACUGUACGUCCCAGAGUGCCUUGGUUUAAUGUUAUGGUCAAGGAGGCGAAACGAAUUUGUUGGAAACAUGAAAGGAUUUGGCGAAAGACUGGAUCUGAGUUGGAUAGGGAGCGGUUUGCCAAAUCACGAAAUCGCGCGAAUCACGUGAUGGAGCAGGCAAGACGGGAUUACUAUGUUAAAUUUAUUGAAGAAAACAGCGCUGAUCAGCGAAGACUCUUUAAAGCGACUAGUGCACUAUUGGGGAAGUCAUCUGGAGAGCGCUACCCCCCGUAUAAGGAUUUUUCUGGGCUUGCCAAUGAUUUUGGUAAGUUUUUUGUCCAGAAAAUUGACAAUAUUCGCUCUAAACUCGACAACUUUGAGUUAGAUUCUCCAUCAAUGCCGGAGGGGGAACCAGGAUAUACUGGGUCAUUAUUUACUGAAUUCCGACGUACAUCAUCCGAGAAAAUUAAAGAGAUAGUACUAAGUUUUCCGAAUAAGUCUUGCGCUAGUGAUCCCAUCCCUACUGAUAUGGUUAAGGACUGCAUAGAUGAUUUGUUGCCAGCUGUCUCUAACAUGGUAAAUUCUUCCCUUGUGGAUGGUUAUUUCCCCGACAUCUGGAAAGAAGCAUUAGUGAAACCUAAGCUUAAAAAAUCGAACAUGGACUUGAUAAAAAAGAACUAUCGUCCAGUGAGCAACCUUGCGUUUCUGUCUAAGGUGACUGAAAGAAUUGCUGCUAAGCAAAUGUGCGGUCACCUAUCCGCCAAUCAUUUGUUUCCUGAAUUUCAGUCAGCUUAUCGUAACUUUCACAGCACUGAAACAGCAUUGUUGCGUACGCGCAAUGAUAUUCUCAUAAACAUGAAUAAACAACAUGUCACUCUGUUGGUGUUCCUGGACCUCAGCGCUGCAUUUGAUACAGUGGACCAUGACAUAUUGUUGCGGCGUCUUAAAUAUAAGUUUGGGAUUUGUAAUAAUGCGCUUGCUUGGUUUCGAUCAUAUUUAGUGAACAGAUCCCAUCGUGUAGUUAUAGAAAACGUAAUGUCGGACAGUUUUGAUAUGAAGUAUGGUGUGCCUCAAGGGUCUUGUUUAGGACCAUUGUUGUUUAUCCUGUACACAAGCAAACUGUUCGAUGUCAUCCACCAUCACUUGCCCACCGUGCAUUGCUUUGCUGACGAUACGGAGUUAUAUCUCGCAUUUAACCCAAGUAGCGAUAAUGCUCAGGAUGCUGCCAUCUUAGCUAUGGAGAAUUGCCUACGAGACAUCCGGAAUUGGAUGAUUACUGAUAGGUUGAUGAUAAAUGAUGAAAAAACGGAAUUUAUGUUAAUUGGAACAAAAGCUCAGCUCGCUAAAGUCAAGAACAUUACUCUAACUAUUGGUGAAUCUGUGAUUUCACCAUCUGAAGAACCUAUCAAGAACUUGGGCGCUUGGUUUGACCGUACCUUCAACUUGAAUCACCAUAUCAAUAAGACCUGUAGAAGUGCUUUUUAUCAUCUGCAUAAUAUAAGAAGAAUUCGCAAGUAUUUAAGCAGAGAAUCAACAGAGAAACUUGUUCAUGCCUUCGUUACCAGUCACCUAGACUAUUGCAAUGGACUGUUAUAUGGACUUCCCAACAAUGCUAUAGCAAAAUUACAACGUGUUCAGAAUGCUGCCGCAAGGAUUCUCUACCGUGCACCACAGUUUAGCCAUAUUACUCCGCUGUUGUAUGAGUUACACUGGUUGCCAGUCAAAUAUCGAAUUGAAUAUAAGAUAAUUACACUUACGUUUAAGGCAAUUCAUGGAACUGCCCCUAAUUAUAUAACUGAACUUAUAACUUUUAAAACAAACUCUUCUUAUAGCUUAAGAUCAAAUAACAAACUUCUUUUAUGUCCGCCAAAUUUUAAGACAUUGUCUACUCUUGGUGACAGAGCCUUUAUGGCUGCUGCACCAAAACUAUGGAAUGUUUUGCCAUUGAAUCUUAGGAGUAUCUCUAAUUUUAAUAUUUUUAAGCAAGAUCUUAAGACAUAUCUUUUUAAAGAGGCUUUUUAUUAGCUCAGUUCUUAGAUUAAAUUUGUAAUAUUAGUUCUACGUAUUUUAAUUGUCCUAUCCAUUGUUGUAACGCGCAUUUGAAAACUGCAUUGUUGAAUUUGCGCGAUAUAAAUUAAUAAAUGUUAUGUUAUGUUGUUAAAUAAUAUACCUUUAAAACUAGAAGUUACUAUCGCAAGGAAAGUGCUGCCUCAACCCGUCUUCCAUCACACAAGCACGUAAGCUGUGUGACCAGGUUUUUUCAGGGGCAAUUACCACAUCUGGCUGCAUAAAAUUACUACAUUGGGCCAAAAAUUACCACGGUACCAUAUUUUCCCCAAAAAUGUUGGCGAGAGAGUGGGGAGUGAGAGGGCAAAAACUUUUCCGGACACCACCAGUUAAAUUAAGGUUCAAAAAAUUUUUUCCGGAUAAAUUCCUGUUAAAUGGCCAAAACCCAUAAAACAUGGAUAAAAAUAUGUAAUAUUUGGGUCUGCAAAUUUUAUAUCUGGAAAAAGUACCAAAAAUUGCUGACUAUUUGUCUUUUUUGGCAAUUUUCAGAUUAAUCACCACAAUUGCAAAAAUUACCGUAGUAAUUACCACAAAUUUCCAAUUACCACAAUCGUCCAAAAAUGACGAAAAAUUACCACGGUAGUAAUGAAAUUACCACAUCUGGUCACACAAGCACGUAAGGCACCCCUAAGACACCAGGAGGUAGGAAAGGUGCAGUUUGAAUGCGAAAACAGCUUGCACAAAGUCGAAGGUCGGCUAGAUAUUCUAAUCAUAAAGAUUAUAAAUAACACUAGAAGAGGCAUUGAGGUUAAAAAUUUGGGAACACGUCUAGGGGGGGGGGGGCAAAUGUAGGUCCCGGAUAUAAAAUCAUGCUCUCACCAAUUGGAACACAAGUACACAUGCAGGAAUUUGCCCCCAAUAGCAGGAUUCCUCUUUUGCCUAAUGUCAAGAUUGCAAUGCCUCCUCUAGUGUUAUUUAAAAUCUCCAUGAUUCUAUUAAAUCCUAUUGACUUCCACAAAUUCCUUAUUCUUCAAGAAAUUACUUCUUUGAAAAUUCCUUCGUUCUAAAAAAAAAGAAGGACUUUGUGAAAGUCUAUAGGUCAUGCUACGCACAUUUUAAAUUAAUGAUUUGCAUUAUUCAGAUAGAUGCAGGUUUAUUGGCAUAGCAUGACCAGUUGUCAUGGCUAGCUUGCCACUGAAUAAUGUACAAUAUCAUGCAUAACAAACAAUAGUAAUACUUGAAGAAUUAUUUGAUAUGUAGAAUUUAAUUACAAUUGCAUACAUAGAAAUACUACCAGAAGGGCCUGUUCAUAUGGGCAAAAAUUAUCUGCGUUAGCGAGAAAACUUUUCAACAAGUUUUAUACAAGCGAGAUCUCACCUUGGAUGAAAAUAAUAUGAAAAGUUACAUUGCGUUCAUAUGAGACCACAAUUUUCCGUGUACCUAAAUCUCGCUUGUUGACAGGCGAGAGUCUCGGUGACCGGGAUAAUGGUUUUGCCAUAUGAACACAACUUUCCCACUUAGCGGGAUAACUGUCUGUCGUGUCAGCAACUGUUCAAUUCAAUUCAUGUUCAGCGCUACGUCACAGCCGGAAACUUUACCCG